GUCCGCCGCACCGAGAUGGCGGCCGCGCGCCACCAGCACCUACCCGCUUCCGGCUCGCUCAAAAUGGCGGCGGGCGGGGCGGGGCUCGCGCGGGGCCUGCCGGCCGCGCACGCGCAGUCGGGAACGGGGCGGAGCGCGGCCGCGCCGGCGCGUCGAGGGGAAGCAGCAGUCGCCGCGAUGGACGUGUUCCUCAUGAUCCGGCGUCACAAAACCACCAUCUUCACGGACGCCAAGGAGUCGAGCACGGUCUUCGAGCUCAAGCGCAUCGUCGAGGGCAUCCUCAAGCGGCCGCCCGACGAGCAGCGGCUGUACAAGGAUGACCAGCUUCUGGAUGACGGCAAGACGCUGGGCGAGUGCGGCUUUACCAGCCAGACGGCAAGACCGCAGGCCCCCGCCACGGUGGGACUGGCCUUCCGGGCAGAUGACGCGUUUGAAGCUCUGCGGAUCGAGCCCUUCUCCAGCCCCCCGGAACUGCCAGAUGUCAUGAAGCCGCAAGACUCGGGCAGCAGCGCCAACGAACAAGUAGUGCAGUGAGGGUCUGGGCCUGUCACCCAGAGGUGUACUGCCCCCCAAUAAAAGAGAUUUGGGU